AUGGACACAAUUGAUAAUUUGGACACCUUAAAAUUUUUACAAAAACGUUAUCGGGCUACAAAAGUUUAUAAAAAAAGAAAUGAUCCAUUUGUAGUGUAUAGCAACGAUGAAUUUCGUAUAAAAUAUCGAUUUUCUAAAGAAAAUGCAAAAAAAGUGAUAAAAUUAGUUGAAAGUGAACUUAAAAACAAUGGCAAAGGGAGAGGUGGGUCUAUUCCACCUCAUAUACAAGUUUUGGCAGCAAUAAGAUGUUGGGGCCGCAAUUCGGUUCAAGAUGAUUGUGCAGAUUUUCACGGUUUCAGCCAGUCUACAAUGAGCAGAAUAUGCGAAAAAGUAUCCAAGGCCUUAGCUAAAAAGGCUACAACAAUUAUUAAAAUGGCUACAUCAGUUGAAGAACAAAUUUUAGUCAUGGAGAAAUUUAAACAAAUAGCUGGUUUUGAAAAUGUUAUGGGUGCAAUUGAUUGUACACAUAUCCGAAUCCAAGCUGAAAGUGGCGAUGAUGCACAAUUAGAAAAAGGAAGGAAAGAUCAUACUCUUAGCACAAUAUCACCGCCACCACCACCAUCAUCAUCAUCAUCAGUAUGCACGUAA